AAACAAAGUGCUGUUGCAUCAUAUUAUUUCUUGUCAGUGCAUUGAAAAAUCUACUCUUGUGUACAUAUGCUGCUCUAACAAGCAACAGAAAGAACCACUGUAGAAACCACAACAGAAGACACCGGUAUUCUCAUAUUGGCAUACAAAAGUGUUGCUUUUUACUAGGCUCUAAACAUGACACUCUCUUGGCUUGUGAUCUGUGCUGGAACGCUGUUUUUGAACCCUGUUACUGCUGACUGCAACAUUACUUCUCAAACUGUCACUUGUGACGAGUCUGGAAAGAACUUCUCUAAUAUACCCACUAACCUUUCCCAAAAUGUUACUAUAUUAAGCCUCAAAAAUAAUAAAAUCACUUUAAAAGAUAUCAACAAAGAGAUUCUUCGAAGUUUUAUUAACCUCACUGAACUUUACCUGAAUGAAAACAUGAUUACUGUACUGUAUAAUAACAGCUUCUGCAAUCUGACAAAACUCGUAAUUCUGGAUAUCAGCAACAAUCAUAUUAGCACAGUUCAUAAGGCAGCAUUUGCAGGAUUAAAUCAACUGUCAGUGUUGAAUCUAUCCUAUAAUAUGAUUACUCAACUAGAUUCAGAUAUAUUUACUUCUUUAAAAAGUCUGACAGUUUUAAAUCUACAGUAUAACUCUCUGAAAUAUUUUCAUAUAAAAUCAUCCUUUAAAUUGAUCAAAAUUGUUUUAGCUGGAAACCCCUGGACCUGCUCCUGUAACCUCCUUGAUUUACAGAUAUGGCUAACUGCCUCCAAUGUGACAAUGGAAAAUGAAAACAACACUACAUGUACGUUCCCAAACAGCAAGGAAAAUUUCUCCAUCAAAACGGCAGCUAUUCAACCAGCUGACUGCAAAAUCGAACAAGCUUCUUUAGAAAACACUGUAACUUCCACUUCUGCCAUUAAGCUUAAAAGUAGUGCCUUCCUAACAGCUCUGACUCCAAACAUCACUGAAAACAAUGGGACGCAUGCAGAUCUCCACUCUUCCAUACAGAAAUGCUUUACUGCUUGCUUCUGACUAAAGCAGAAGAAAUAUUAUUUUCCAGAUACAUACACAAACAGUAAACCGCCACUGCUAUACACUUCUUUCACCAUAAUGUAUAGAUUCUCUUUUAGGACAGUGGCCAGCACACAAAACCAGCUUCUAAAUAAAGAC